UCCCAGGGCCUCGCUCGCUGAAAUGUUUCUCGCAACUCGGCGUAACACGAUACUUCUGGCGAGGCGGAACAAAUCUCGGAGCCGAAGGAAGGCCUUUUGCUUUCGUUCGUUCGUCCGUCCUGUACGCGUUAUAUCAGACAUUAACAUCUGGCAAUGGGAGAGGGUUGUCACAAUGGCCCUUUCCCGCCCCCCUCUUCGAGCACGACACACAAGACAGCCUGUCAUUUGGACGAUCCACUCUCUCCCCCCCCCGCCUAGCGGAAGGCUACGUCGAAAUUAAUGUGUCGCAUCAUAACGGAGUUUAUCAUCAGUGCUGUGGGCGUCGUGCGGUUACAGCCCCGUGAAUCUUCAUACUGUGGUGGUCCCUGAGGAGAAUCCAAACACAGGAUUUCCGUGGUCACGUGGUUCUGCUUUCUGGUGGAUGCUUAGUAGCAGGUGGCCGAGAAGGAUUGCAUUAACUGAAAUCUUGUCAUCGCCGCAGAAACCGAUAAAGGAAGAGGAACCGGCCGCUGAACACGAAGGAGGCGUGGUCCCAUUGUGGUCAUGCUCUCGGAUAAUCUGCACUUGCAUUGGGGAAACACAUUGUCCUCGCUGCUUGCAAGAGCCGUCCUGCUUUUCUAUAUCAGCACAGCAAGAGGGCGCCGCGCGAGUGGUGGAAUGGAUACAGCAGCCGUUAGCCGAGCCGGAAGCCGGCAACGAGGGGAAGCCGGAUCGCACGUCCAUGAACUCCGGCAACUGUAUCCUUCUAGAGGCCGGAAACAACGACUGAGCCAACUUCCGUUUCCACGUUUCCUUAUCAUUCGACUGUCCAGACUGCUCGUUUUAAGACCUGGACGGAGAACUGAUAAGGGCUUGUGGUGACAUUACACAACGUUCACCAACCAAGAUGUCCUACAAGUCUGCCGGCGGUUUCUGGGACACACAGACAUCUGGCGAUCGACAUGGAAUGUCAGACGUCAAGCUUCGCGCAGAAAAAAAGAAUAUAAGGAGACUUUGCUGCUGUUCUAUGCCCACGAAAGAUUUUCCGAAAGGAACCAAGCGCGAGUAAUCGUCUGGCUUCGUCUGGACGCAGGGGUUUGCAUAGAAAGGGGAGGAGAGAUUGCGUGCAUCGCUCCAUGCCGUUCUGCGCGCUGUCAAUACGAAGUGAAGAGAAAUAUUGCCGGCAUCAGCUGGGCUUCAGAGACGCUUUGUUGGGCUGGACGCUAAUCGUAUGAAAUGUUUCGCAAUGAAACGACUUAUGUGAAAAUGCAAUGCGGGAUAGUUUUGUAACUGACAUCGGUGACUGACUAUGACGCAUGACUAUGACUAUCACGUACUGGUCUCCAUUAUGACCUCAGACAAACAGAGGCGUGAAUACCAUCAUCAUGUUUACCAGCAUUCUCAGCAGGUCGUAGGGAGGGUGCUCACUGGAAAACACUUGAAAAAAUGGGUUAAGCUACAUCUCAUUCUUAAAAUUCAAUGUAAAUGUCCCCUUCUCAAAUUUAAAAAUCACAGGCUUGCUGCACCAUGCUCUAUGCAACCAUGCACAAUGCCAACUCGGAGUUAAUGUGUAUUGUCUUCAAGCAGGAGACCGCCCAUAACAAUAAUUUUUUUGGGGAAAAUCUUCCCAGAAGAUUGGCAUCAUGGUGGAAGACCAGCAUAUCAAGACCACUCAGACCAAAUCGUGUGUUCAGGAAAAGAUCUUGUAUUGCCAACUGUAGGAUGGGACAAGCGUAAGCUUGCCCACAUCACGCUUAAAAAAUAAAAGAUCAGGAAAAGAUCUUCCCGGAGCACCACCGCAAGCGAGAGAGAGUGUAUCGAAUGUAAUACUAUUCCAUCUAACAGUUCGAAGAAGUGGUGUCUUAAUCGCCUUACUUAUAAUUAGAAGUUCUAUUUCGCGGGUGCUUUCUCUCAAUAAGUUUAUUUUAUUUAUGUAGUGUUGAUGAGGGGGACAAGGAAAAAGAAAGGUUCCAAGCAUUACAAAUUAUUUAUAAGGAGGUUUUCACGAAACUGACCAAGAUGCGUGUUUAGAAAAAAGAAGAAAAAAAAUCAACAGGGAAGUGUUAAAAUGCCACUACGGACAACGUAUCUCAUGUCUUCAGAAUUUUGCGGAAUUUAUCCCAUUGCAGUCCACGCGUAUCACACUGUUCCUCUGUGUAACGCGGAAGUAUCAAAUUAAUUUCUAGUUUAGGGAAACGUGACCUCAUAGGAGGCGGAAUCUGUCAGGUGUCUGGCAACAAUGGUCCUCGCGGGUCGGUUGCCGUUUCCUCACCACAGUUGCUACCAGCCUUACAACGUUGGGUGGACAGCAGAGACGCUCGCGCUGUGCCUAGGAGUGGGACGCGAGAACUUCUAAUGACGUCAUGUACUAUUGGAGAAUCUGAAACUAUUAAAUUCUGCGUUUUCUUUCGAAAAUUUGUGGAAGCGUGUAAUGUUCACUGACAACAUUUAUAUUUUGCGUUUUUGAACGACGUGAUUCAUAACACGAAAUAAAAUAACUAUCACUUUUUUUUAUUCCGUAGUGGCACUUUAAAAAACAACCCGUAUCCAUUUCUUGGAAAGCACAACACAGUACCAAAAUUUACUAUUCACAAUUACUGCCACGUAGUACAGAGCCACCCCGAGGCAAAAAAAAGCGCUUUGAGCAAGAAGAGCAAAAAAACUAUUUGCUGCAUGUAGUGUGUGACAUUAUAAUUGAAACGUCAGCAUACCAGCACUGUCCUCACCAGCUCAGUGCUGGUAUGGCGAGUUUUGAGUUAAACUCCGAAACUCCGAAACUGCACGUGCUUUUUCGAAAUACAAAUGCAUUUCUGAAUCUACAAAUACUUCAUCUAUCAAUCUACAAAUACUGAAUCUACAAAUAUACUUCAAUACGACGCAAUAAUAUAUAGAGUAGAAACGGGACUGUUAGGACAUGCCCUCUGAUACAGUCACUGCAAAACCAAAUGAAACAAGUGUAGUUGUACACUAACUAUCAUAAAUAAUCUAUUACCGGAAGUCGAAGUGUACUAUAUGUGCGAGUUGCUUUAAAACGCGCUGCUGAGCUGACGCCCUUGGAAUACACAUGAUGUUCCUUAUCUUCUGACGAGGACAUCUAGCAAAACUACGAGACCCACAACAAAGUGAACGGCCAUUCGCAACAAACACGCGAUGACGGAAUAAAAUUGGGUCUCUGAAAACAGCGGUAACAAAGCGAUUGCACGCAUGCUCUCAGGGGUCAUAACGUUGUUAACGGCCGUGAAAUGCUCUGCAUGCUCGAGACGAUAUCGUCUCCAGGGAAGACGCCUUGCUGCCUCUUUCCUUUCUAUGUGUGUAUUUGCAAAUAAAAGUCGCAUAUAUGAUAUUUUCCUGA